AUGAAAAAGGGGGGGGGUCCUUGUUCAAACAAUAGUAAGACUUUCAAGGUGGCGCCGCUGCAUUACAGCACACUCAGAGCCCUUCUGAGCUCAAGUCUCCAUGCACCUGCACAGGUUGAGAGGGACUCAGGCUGGCACACACCAAAUGCCCCUCUACCACACCCCGUCGGCCCAAUGGAACAGUUCAUCUGGAGAGAAUUAAUGCUCAAGAAGCUGGAUUUUGGUCUGGAAGCAGAAGGAAGUGACACAGACGUCUUCGUGGUGAUUGGGAUUCUGGGGGAGUCAGUCACUUUCCCCUUAAAUAUCAAAAAAUCACAGCAAGUUGUCAACAUUGUUUGGAACUCUGAAACAUCUGUUGCUUUUGUAACACCAGGAGACUCAGGAACAGCACCCAAAGUUACUGUGACCCACCAAAAUUAUAAUGACCGAAUAAAUGUCUCAUGUAAGAACUACAACCUGGAGAUCAGUAAUUUGAGGAUGGAAGACUCAGGCAUCUACAAAGCCGACAUAAAUACAAAGAUCCUUGACGGGAUGAUCACCACCACCAGGUGCUACAAGCUUCAGGUCUUCCGUCGGCUUGGAAAGCCAAAAAUUACGCAGAGUUUAAUGACAUCUAUGAACAGCACCUGUAAUGUCACCUUGACAUGCUCUGUGGAGAAAGAAGAAGAGAAUGUCACAUAUAGUUGGAGCCCCCUGGGGGAAGCGGGGAAUGUAAUUCGAAUCUUCCGGACCCCCGACAACCAAGAGCUGACUUACACGUGCACAGCCUGGAACCCCGUCAGCAACAGCUCAGACUCCAUCUCUGCCCAGCAGCUCUGUGCAGACACUGCGGCAGGCCUCCAUUCUCGCCGCACCGGGCUGCUGAGCGGGCUGGCGGUGCUCCUUCUCUUUAUACUCAUUGUGCCUUCGGUACUUUUGUUCCUUUUGUGCAAAAGAGGACAAGGUUCCUUCUUGAAGCCCUUCAGUAAGAACUCUGAUGCCAUCUCAAAGAAAACAAUAUACACCUACGUCAUGGUUACAAGAGAUGCCCCGCCAGCAGAGGGCAGAAUCUACGAUGAAAUCCCUCAAUCCAAGGAGCUCCCUGCCAAGGAGGAGCCGGUGAACAAGGUUUAUUCCACAUUGCAGACUGAUAAGAUGGGGAAAACCAGCUCUCAGGACGGCAAACCUCCUGGGAUUUCAACCUAUGAAAAUGUGAUCUAG